GUGCUGCAGGACAGCUGAUCUAUUUCAAACAGGAAGUUGUUUACAGAUAACACUUGCAACUGUUCUGUCUGAUUUGUUGAACUGUCCAAAAGCAAAAGACAACAUCUUUUCAAAUUAAAAACUGUCAGAUUUCUGUAAACAGCAGCAUGAGGGUCAUCUGUGCAAUUUCCCUGAAGGCAGAGUGUGCUCUGCAGUCCCCAUUUUCUCAGCAAUCAUAAGGAGUCAGUGACCUGCAAGCACUCAUUAUGAAGAGAGAUCUGUUUUUUCUGGUGACUCUAAUUAGCCUUGCCUUCCUGUCACUGUUAAGAUCUGGAUAUCCUCAACAUAUUGCAGAAGAGUCCUGCUCUGUUCAGAUUCUUGUUCCAGGCCUCAAAGGGGAGGCUGGAGAAAAAGGGGAGAAAGGUGUUCCAGGGCGACCGGGGAGAGUUGGACCUCCAGGAGAAAAAGGAGAAAUGGGGGACAAAGGACAGAAGGGCAGUGUGGGUCGACAUGGAAAAAUUGGUCCCAUCGGUUCAAAAGGUGAAAAGGGAGAUAAUGGGGAUAUAGGGCCACCUGGUCCUAAUGGAGACCCAGGCAUCCCUUGUGAAUGCAGCCAGCUAAGGAAGGCUAUUGGGGAAAUGGAUAUCCAAGUGGCCCAGCUGACAACUGAAUUAAAAUUCAUAAAAAAUGCACUGCCCUCCCCCGCAGCUGUCGCUGGUGUGCGUGAGACAGAUAAUAAGAUAUACCUACUGGUGAAAGAAGAGAAAAGAUAUAUGGAUGCCCAGCUCCACUGCCAUGGAAGAGGAGGAACACUGACCAUGCCCAAGGAUGAGAAUACCAAUAGUCUGAUUGCUUCUUACAUCAAUCAAGCUGGGCUCACCAGAGUUUUCAUUGGGAUCAACGACCUGGAAAAAGAGGGCAAUUUUGUGUAUUCUGAUCGAUCACCCAUGCAGACCUUCAACAAAUGGUGCAGCGGGGAACCCAAUAAUGCCUAUGAUGAGGAGGACUGUGUGGAAAUGGUGGCCUCUGGUGGAUGGAAUGAUGUUGCCUGUCACAUUACAAUGUAUUUUGUUUGUGAAUUUGACAAAGAAAAUGUGUGAGGCUGUCUGCUCCACCCUCCUCCCCCGUUUGAAGCAGAUUGUACAACUUACCCCUUGUUUAUAAAGUACUAGUUAUAUUUUACAAGUAUAUAACAUCAGUGUUGUACAGCUGUAAAUAUAAUUAGGUAUUUCAAAUAUCAGUAUUUACCCUUCAGAAGGGAAGAGCAGAGUUAAAUAAGACAUAGUUUGUCUUGCCCUAAGAAAAUAUGUAUCUAGAUGAGGUCCAUAUUCUGCCCUCACUGCAAUUAAUGAAUGAGGUUGCAUGACAGCAAUGGAGGGCAGAAUUUGGCUCUUUGAUAUUAUAAUAUUGUUUCUGAAGACGUAGAUUCUUGAUAUUGUUUUAUCUUAACAUUUUUAAUUGUUAAUGUUAAUUGCUCAUACUGGUUUACAAAGAUGGCAUUUCUGGCUAUUUCAAGCCAUAAGGAAAAGUUUUUGUAUACUCUAGCUACUUAAUACAACUAUUGCAAUAGGGUUCUGAAUGGGCAGGCUUUGUACCUGUUUCUGUGACACAUACACAAGCCAACCAACCCAUUAGUUCUACCAUUUUUGUAACAUCUUUUUAUUAAACUAUUUGCAAAUAACAACACAGAGACACACUUCAGGGAGCAAACUCAUUUACACUGCCUUGGGGAGUCUAAAUGGCUCAUAAUUCAGUACUAGACGGGGAUAAGCCAACUUUGUGUUUCUUCAGAAAAUGCAAUGCCAGGUUCUGUUUGUUUUACACGUUUAACUGAGGGUGGGACUGUACAUAAACUAUUUAAGUGAUAAAAGAAUUUGCCAAAGGAAGCCAGUACUCUAAAGUUGUAUUUGAGCCCUGCUGGAACACUCUUGGAUGGCAUUCCAGCACUUUUUUGGGGAGCUGAAAUGGCAUUUUAUGGCCCUUCAGAUACUUGCAUUCUGGCACUUCUCAAGUGCAGCACUCACUAGUCUAUUUCUGCUUAAGAUAUUCAUGAUUGAUAUUUUUGGUUACAAAACCCAAGGAGGGCUUCCUGAGUACAUCAUUAGUCUCACAAAAUCUUUGUUGUCCAACAGUUCCUUUCACUAGGACAAAUGCUGAAAUCUUCACUUAGCUUUCACUCUGUCCUUAACUUGAUGUUAGAGGAAGAUUGGCCUUAGUAAGGACUCCAAAAAGGGCCAAAUUCUCUGCAGGCAUAAAUGAGCACAGCUCCAUUGACUUCAAUGGAUUUCAUUCAUUUGUCCCAGCAGAGAAUUUAUCUCUGAGUAAGGACUUCAGGAACUGGUCCUUUAUUUUGUUCUUGUGAUUACUACUCUUCAUGGCUAUAUCUUCUCUUAAAUAAAAUCUUAUUUAUUUAAAAAAAAUGUUCAGUACACCUGUAGGGAUAUAGUUCCAAAGGAAUGCAGUAAGUCAUUUUGCCCCACUUAUUUGUGUAUCCAAUUCACAACUGCAUGUGACUGAAAAACAUGGUAUAUUUUUGAAGGGUAUAACUGGACAAAAAGAGUUAUGAAUAUUGGAUAUUUGUAGUGGCCUGUUGCAAUUCCUCUCAUCUUUUAGUCAACUGCUCUACAUAUGAAGGUCACUGGGAAACCUCUGUCUAUUGUGUUUUUCAGACAGUGUGGGUAUACAAUGUUUUAAAUAUAUUUUAAGGGUAAACAACACUAAAUAUGAAACAAUCCCAAAGCAUGUAUGAUCAAUCUGGAAGAAAUAUCUAGAAGAAACUCAAAACAGGCUUGGCGUGUGAUUUCAGAUAGCCUCCACAUAUUAGGCAAGACCAGAUUAAUAAACUACUGUACAGUGCUACAGUUAAUGGAAGAUUACUGACCAUAGGACUUUUGCUCAGUUCCUCAAAGCAUGACAACAUUUGAAAUAACAUGUUAAUUUUAUUCUCAAGGAAAUAAACAAUUUCAU